CAGGGCCCAGAGUUAUGUCAUAGCAGCAGCCUGAAACACAAACAACACUCAGUUUACACACUGCAACCAGCUCAAAGCUAAUUUACUGCAUCAUACUUCCAUGUUUGGGUCGAUGGCUCGCUCCCUGCUGUGCCAUCUGCAUGUCAGCAUCCAUCAAAUGCAUGCUGGGAACCGUCUCCCCUAUUAUUUCUCUUUGGCCUGACCGUUCAUCCAUUUACCCCUCCAUCUGUCCACCUAUUUGCAUCCGCAUCUUCUCCCCUCCUCCUUCCUCCACCAUCUCCCUCUCAUCCUCUUGUUAGCGCUGCUGAAUUAUUUAAUAUCAGACAGUGGGCUCGGCUGCUGAGGCAGAAGGAGAUGUAGAGCUAAAGAGAGAGAGAGAGAGAGAGAGAGGGAGGAGGGAAAGGAUGGAGAGAGAGAAAGGGAAGGAUGGAGGCGUCGGAUGCUGCAGGAAGCCGUGAGUCAGCAGGGAGAGAAAGAACCGGUGGGAGGGGAAGACAGAGGGAGUUUAUAGAUAGCUUUAGGUGAUACGGCUGGAGAGAGAGAGCGGCGUCAAAUGCCUCCUGGUGCGUUUGUGCGCCAAUCGAUUGAGCAGAGAAGGUCACCGAGCCGAGAGGAGAUUAGCAAACUGGACUCGGAGAGGCAGAGCUAACGCCUCCCCCCUGAAUAGCAGCUAGAGAAAGAAAGAGAGAGAGAGAGAGAGAGACAAGGCAGAGGACGAGAAGAGCUGCCACACUAUGGGGGAGAGCUAUAUGUAUCAGCGACUCCCUUACACCAGAGGUGAGGAGGAGGGGGAGGAGGAGGAUGAAGAGGAGAGAGACGGGAGGAUCAGAGAAAGUGUCGGGGCACAAAUGAUGCAGUGUGAGGAGGGCACAGAGUGGCUGCUGGAGCUGCUGACAGAUGUGCAGCUGCAGCAGUACUUCCUGCGGAUCCGGGACGAUCUCAACGUCACGCGACUCUCCCACUUCGACUACGUUAAGAAUGAAGACCUGGAGAAGAUCGGCAUGGGACGCCCGGGUCAGAGGAGGCUUUGGGAGGCAGUCAAGAGGAGGAGAGCCCUUUAUAAACGCAAAUCCUGGAUGAGCAAGGUGUUUCCAGUGAAACGACCCGACACGGACCUACAGCAGCAACCUCAGGGGGCGUCGUCCAGCAUCGGCCCGGCCACGAGCGAGUCGGCGGCCUCGCUCACCUGCCUGAUCAGAGAGUCGGAGCUGCAGCUGUUUGAGCGACUCGGGGACGGCACGUUCGGGGUGGUGCGGAGAGGAGAGUGGACCGGACCCAACGGCAGAGUGCUGUCAGUGGCGGUGAAGUGUCUGAAGGCAAGUGUGUUGGACUCAGACGGCCUGGACGAUUUCAUCAGAGAGGUGAACGCCAUGCAUUCACUGAGCCACCAGAACCUCAUCCGCCUGUACGGCAUCGUCCUCACACAGCCCAUGAAGAUGGUGGCUGAGCUGGCCCCUCUGGGUUCCCUGUUGGAUCGUCUGAGAAAGCGUCAGGGUCACAUCCUCAUCUCCUCUCUGUGUAACUACGCAGUGCAGGUGGCGUGUGGCAUGGCCUACCUGGAGCAGAAGCGUUUCCUCCACAGAGACCUGGCUGCCCGCAACGUCCUGCUGUCCACCAAUGACACGGUGAAGAUCGGAGACUUUGGCCUGAUGAGGGCGCUGCCGACGCACACCGAUCAAUACGUCAUGGAGGAGGGCCACAAAAUCCCUUUCCCAUGGUGUGCUCCGGAGUCUCUGAAGUCUCGUACUUUCUCUCAUGCGUCUGACACCUGGAUGUUCGGGGUCACUCUGUGGGAGAUGUUCACCCACGGACAGGAGCCGUGGCUGGGCCUUAAUGGGAGCCAGAUCCUCCACAAGGUGGACGUGGAGGCCGAGAGGUUGUGCAAACCAGACGACUGUCCUCAAGAUAUAUACAACGUCAUGCUGCAGUGCUGGAGCCCGAAACCUGAGGACAGACCGACGUUUGUCGCCCUCAGAGACUUCCUGCUCGAGACUAUGCCUACAGACAUGAGAGCGCUGCAGGACUUUGAGGAGGAAGACAAGCUCCAGAUUAAGAUGAACGACGUCAUCACCAUCAUAGAGGGAAGGGCGGAGCACUACUGGUGGCGAGGUCAGAACAGGGGGACGCUGCGCGUCGGGCAGUUUCCACGUCACGUGGUGACAUCGGUCGCUGGUCUGUCCGCUCACGACAUCAGCCGACCGCUCAAACACUCCUUUAUCCACACUGGACACGGAGACACGGACCCUCACAGGAGCUGGGGACACGCAGAUCGUAUAGACAGUCUGUAUCUGGGGAACCCCAUGGACCCUCCUGAUGUUCUUGGAAUGGAUUCAGGCAUUGCAAGGCCGACCAAACUUCCCAACCGUGCCAAGAAGCAACCUCCUCCUCGUCCACCUCAACCUGCCGUUCUGCUGAAGAAGCCGUUCUAUGACUCUGUGAUGGACGAUUACGACGACGACGACGACACCAGCACUUCGUCCGGGCUGAAGAGGCUGGGAGUGUCCCUGGGUCUGAAGCUUCGGCCGUGGGAGGGUUCCGGCGUGCGUGCGGCCAAAAGCGAGGUGUCGCUCAUCGACUUCACCGACGACAGCUUCAGCUCGACCACGCCCUCGCCGCUCACCGAGAGGCAGGACGAGGACACGCUGAAGGACACUCCAUCCAUCCUGGACUGGCCUCUCCCUCAGCCGUCUUACGACGAGGUUACCGCGGAGCUCGACGACCAAUCGGAGGACCAGGAGGUGCGGUCUAUCAACAAGGGAUUCGCUGAAGAGACCGCGGUCACGCCCAGCGGCUCUAUGGCAGGCAGGAGCGAGUCGCAGUCAGCUGACCUCUUCCAAGAACUACAGCGAGAGGUGAUGGUGAAGCUCCAGGUUCCCAUGGCAACAGGCCGCUCUCUCCCAUCCUCACCCCUGCCCAUGCCUCUAGCUCCUCUGGGUCCACACCGCCAGAUCUACUUGCCUCCUCCCUCCCCCUCCUCCACCUCCGCCGCUUCCUUCUCCUCCUGCUUCGAGGACCGGCCGGUGCUGCCUCCCCGCAGCCCCGUCCCACCGAUGCGUCCCUCCAAACACAACCUCUCCUCCCGCCCCGCCCACCCGCAGGCGCGCUCCAGCUCCAUCUCCCUGGGCGACCAGGAAGACACACCUCCUCAGAUCCCACCCAGAGACCACGCCUUCUCCCAACCGGGCUCCCGCUCCUCCUCCCCCCUCCCGCUGGUACCUCCGCUCUCCUCCUCCCCCGUGGCCUUGCCUCCUCCUCCGCUCUCCGUGUCCCCACGCCGGGCGUCCGGACUCCUGGGUCCACUCCUGUCGUCCAACUCGUCCACCUCCUCACUGCCUCAAGUCACCUCAAAUUCCACACGUGGUUCCUCCUACUCAUCCAGCUCCUUACUGGAGCCUCUCACCUUUCGUGAGGGGCGUGGACUUUCCUCACUGAUCGACAGCUCUCAGAGCUCUGCUCCCGCCCCGCUGCCAGAUCGGCCAGCUUUUCUGGAAAGAUACGGAGCAGCCAAUAUGGCAGCAGUCAAACCCAUGAUGCAGAAGCCCGGCGGAGCCAAACCCAACUCGUCCUACAACAACAACAACGGGCGAACUGCAGCUCCCAGCAUGCAACAAGAGCAGAGCAUCACACAGGUCCAGGGAGCAGUACACGGUGUCACCCUGGAGGAGUGUCAGGCAGCUCUGCAGAGUCACAGCUGGAGCAUCCCUCAGGCCAUAAAUCAUUUGAAGCGUCUGUUGUAUUGUAGGUGGAGCAGUUGUUUCGCCUGGGCCUGCGGUCGAGAGCCGAGUGUGAAGAGCUUCUGCAGCGCUGCCAGUGGAACCUGGAAGAGUCCAGCACGCUCAUGCUGGACACGUACGGACCACAUCGAAACUUGAAGUGACAGCAGGAGAAAGCUCCUGAUGAGCUCCUGAUGUCAUGUGGAUCAACACCCCAAUACCGACCUGCUUGGGUGACUCAUCGCUCUAAGGACUCUCGACGCAGCGAACCGAGGAACCGAGGAACGAACCGAGGAACAUAUAACAAUAUAUGUGCCUCGGCUUUAUGUACUGUGAAUACCUGCUAGUACCUGCGUCAUACACAUGCAUGCUCAUUUGUAGGUGACAGAGCAGCUUGUUGAACGAGUCACACCAUUUACUUGAACGGUUGCUAUUUAUGUUUUUUAUUAUUAUUAUUACAUAAAUCAUGAGAAUUUAUGUUUCCGCUGGUAGCUAAUGCAAACUUGUACUGGGUGUGAAUUAAUCUGUGAAUUCACGUCCACGCCUGAGCUUACGUUUCUGUACAAACACUGUAAAUGCCCAUGCCUUUUUUUUUUGUUUGCUGUCAAUGAAGUGACAUAAAAUCAGGGAACUGUCAGCUGACGUUAUAGUUGUACUGUUUUUAUGAAAAUGUACAGAUGAGAUGCUGUAUCAUAUAUAGCACUUUAAUGGGCGUGUCGACAUAUUAACUGCUGGUCAGAAGAUGAUGAACAAUAGUAAUAGCUAGUGAAAUGAGGAAGAUACUGAUAUAAACAGCAUAUCAGGUAUUAUUGAUGUAUCAUUUGUGUCUUAAAGCUUUUUGGGCUUUAUAAGGUGUGAAUUAUGAAAGGAUCGAUGCGUCGAGCUUUUUAGUUUUGUCUUAUUGUAGGCAAUAAGAUGCCAAAACAGAAAUGUGAAGAUAUCUACCGUCUCCUCAUGAAUACAGGGUAUUAGUUACCGAGUUGUACCUCCACGAAUUAGAUAUUUAACGAACCUAAAAAUGGAUGUUGAGUAUUUCUUCCUCUGAAAAUGACUGCUGCAUGAUAAUCAUAAACACAUGCUGAAGUGCUUAAAUGUCAUUCACCUUGAAUAAAUAGGCGUCUGUUGUGUGAGUGUGUGUGCGCUUAGUGCUGCGGAUAGUGGCCGUGUUUAUCUGCGCAGAUAUUGAUCAUCACUAAAGCAGCUAAACAGACAGAAAUGCAUAAUAAAUCGUUCAUUCUUGCAGCUGUUUCGCAUGGCGAGAGGCCGUGCUGUCUUCUCCAAGACGCUAUUUAGUCAAUACAAUUAGAAAAGUGGGUGAAUUUUCUGAACAAGUGGGCAGAAAAGUUUAAAUGUUCAUGUGUGUUUGCGUCGGUGUGUGUGUGUGUGUGAAACACCCUUCCCCCUUGCGCUCGGCUGUAAAGCUCUUGUUGUCACGCUGCUGUAUGUGACGCUUACUGUAACAUUAGAGCAGCUUAUUAAUGAAAAGUGCAAAUAUGGCCUCUACUGUUUUAUAAUAAAGCGAAAUUUGGAGUUAUUCUCUUUUCAAAA